AAAAAAGAAAAGAUGUGGUCACAUGACUGUGCGGAAGUAGGAGCCGGGGAGGCAGACAAGCAAAAUGGCAGAAGGAGGAGGAGGUGAUCAAGGAAAUUCGUCUGAUCAGAUUGUGGAAGUCGGAGCUGUGUUGCUGAAGGACUUCAUUUAUGAGCGGAUGCGGCGGCACGUAGACGGUGAUGCCGUGGUGACCAGAGAGCAGCUCGGCGCACAGGAGCUGUGUGACCCAAACCACAAGAAGCUCGCUCAGUGCCUUCAGCAGAUCGGAGACGAGCUGGAUGGAAACAUGGAGCUACAAAAGAUGAUAAACGACUCYGCCCUGAGCCCGUCAAAAGACGUCUUCAUGAAAGUUGCCUAUCAGAUCUUUUCUGAUGGUAGAUUCAACUGGGGCCGAGUGGUUGCRCUCUUUUACUUCGCCUGUCGACUCGUCAUAAAAGCCCUUGUAACCAAAAUUCCUGAUAUCAUCAGAACAAUAAUUAACUGGACAAUAGACUACCUCCGGGAUCACGUGAUCAACUGGAUAAGAGAGCAAGGCGGCUGGGAGGGAAUUCGUUCCUACUUCGGCACUCCCACUUGGCAGACGUUGGGGGUUUUCCUGGCCGGUGUUCUUACCACUGCUUUAGUCAUGCGCAAGAUGUGAAAGCCGCUCUAG